CAGAAAUGGUGCACAGCGGCACUCCCAUGGACUGCAAAACCUCUGGAAGUGUCAUCUCUGGAGGGAGUCAUGGCAGUGCUGGCGAGGAAUCAGCCCAAGGAACCAGACUGGUCCCGGAGAUGCUUCAAUUGGCAGAGAAACAUGGCUGCCUGGUUCUUGCAUGGCCGAUACCAGGUCCGCGGUACUGCGGCUUGAGUUUCGGCACCACUGUGACACAAUAAAGGACCCACGCGCACAGCGUUGUAGGUUGACUGUUUUUAUGUUCAAACUGUCUUUGCAGCAGCUUUCCCGCUGCCCUCCCUCUGCUUCAUGCCAUGAACAGUUGUAACAUACUCAAAUGGAGAGACGUGGUCAGAUGAUGGAGGUUAGCUGUGUGAAUCAGCCUCCCCUGAUACCACACCCCAAACCAACUGCUCCACCCCUACUUCUGCAGCUGAGCCACAAAGCACACUGCGCCACAGUUGGGUUUCUAUUUGUGACAGACUUUUCUUCAAGCAUUUGACAGAGAGAUUUUUCUGUUAACGUUUUAGACAAAGAUGGAACCUACAACAAAUGAAUAUUAUGACAGCACUGGGUUUUUAGUAGCUGAACCAUGCAACAGGGACAGUGACAAUAUUUUGGGAGCUCAACUGUCCAUCCUGUACUACUUCAUGUUUGUCUUCAAUCUCAUCGGCAAUGGCAUAGUCCUCAUCAUCAUCUACCGGUUUGAGCAGCUGACCACUGUGACCAACAUCUUGCUGUUGAACCUGGUGGUGUCCUCCUUGAUCUUCGCAACUAGUCUUCCAUUCAUGGCAGUCUACAUGCAGCUCUCCAACUGGAUCUUUGGCACCGCUAUGUGCAAGAUUGUUGGCAGCGUCUACUAUCUAGGGUUUUACAGCUCUGUCCUCUUCCUAGCUCUUCUUACCUUUGACCGACACCUUGCAGUUGUGUACUCGGUGGGUCCGUUACAAGUGAGGAAUCGAAGGUAUGCAGUAUUCUCCUGCGCUGUGGUGUGGGUGGUCAGUGGUUUGGCAUGUAUCAGACCAAUGAUUCUCCAUAAAAUUUUUACAUCUAAUCUUGACAACAAAACUCUGUGUCAAGAGUAUCCUGGUUACAUUCCAAAUAUUAAUGUGGACGCGUUGAGAUUAUCUGGGUUUUACCUUCAGCUUUUCCUUUUCUUUAUCUUCCCACUGGUUGUAAUUGUCUAUUGCUACAUAAGAAUCACAAUCACUGUUGUGUCGUCCAAGAUUGUGUCAAGGUUCAAGACAGUCCGGCUGAUAUUCAUCAUUGUGCUGUUGUUUUUCAUGUGCUGGACUCCCUUUAAUAUUGUACUGAUGUAUGAUGAACCAACAAGCUGUGAGGAAGAACAGAAACUGGGCUAUGCCCUUCAAAUCACUCGUAACAUUGCCAACAUUUACUUUUGCAUCAGUCCCGUCUUCUACACGUUUGUUGGGAAGAAAUUCCAGAACUAUUUCAGGCAGCUCCUGGUGAAACACUUCCCAAAAUUAAAGAGACACAUUUCUGUCAGUCAAAACAGCAGAAGUUACAUGUCCACAAAAAGUACACGAAACGAGUUUUAGAAAUGUUACAUAUCAGUGUUUGUAAAUGUUUUACGAACAACAUGAGUUUGUUUUUCUCGGUGGAUUCAAGGUGGAGAUCAGUAAAGUUUGAUUAUAUAUACAGGUUAAUUCAUACUAUGAUUGGAUUAGAAAAAUGGAUGUGAUGUAUAAGAAUUCAGUCAAUCUUGAGAUUUCAGAGACCUAGUGUCCCCAAAAUGUUCCCCUGUGUUCAGGUCAAAGCUGUUGUCAGAUUCAUAUUGAUGAGAUAAAACUCUACAUUCUACUUACUUCAGUCACAAUCUGCCAAAUAAGUCAUAUUUGACCAGUGUUCAGACCACACAGCAGAAGUUCUUGAAAUUUGACACACUAGUUCAUGGCAGUCAAACAAAUUUUAGUAUUACACAAAGAUAAAUACAGAUGCAGUUUUUAAAUGAUAAUGUAAAAUAUCAGAAAAUUGUUUUUUUUUAACUUAACAGUUGUUUAAUGUCUAUCAGUCUUGAGUAGAUGCACUCUUUGUGAUUACACGAUGAAAUCAACACUUUUAAAUCAAAAGGCUGUAACUUUCUCCAUUUCAUGUCCCGGAUAUUUUUAACACAGAUGCUUUCCACUUGUUAUUUGUUGCUGAUGUGCUUCUUUUUUCCUGGUUUAUAAACAAUAUACAUACUGCCAACGGCUCAGAAGCCAGCAUCACUGUUCAUAUAGUUGCUUGAAAACUAUACAUUGCCUGUAUUCUUACUAAAAAAAAAGAAAAAAGAAUAUGCUGUUACGCACAGGAAAACGUACAAUUUUAAAGCAUUAAACAGAAUUCAUUAUGA